AUGGCCAUACUUAUUGGCUAUGUGGCUAUUAAGUCUGCCAUCUAUUGCUUUAGGAUGACUAAACCGUACUUCCCGUCGUCUAUUACUGUACAUAUCGACAUAGCGAUAUGUAUAUUAAGAGAUACGCUUAUUCUUAAUACCCUGCAUACAGUAGAUCACAAGACGAAAUAUGCCGACUUUCUUGCUUAUAAACAUUUUGUAAAAAGCCUGGGCGGCUUUCAUGAAGACUCUGAGAACGGAUCAAUUAUGGCUAGUGUGGCUGGGUUAAGUGCAUCUAGGCCAAGCCAUUGUCGCUUACUAUCAUCCAAAAUGGCCACUUAUGUUCACAAGAAAGUCUACAUAUUUCAAUUCAUACAGUAA